AGAAGGUAGUGAUUUCAUGUAAUAACUUAAAACCUUGAUAGAAGGUAGUGAUUUCACGUAAUAACCUAAAACCUUGAUAGAAGGUGGUGAUUUCAUGUAACAACUCAAAACUUUGAUAGAAUUCAGUGAUUUCAUGUAAUAACUUAAAACCUUGAUAGAAUGUAGUGAUUUCAAGUUUUAACACCAGGUUCCAGUAAUAGAACCAGUAUGAUGGAUUAUUUUCAUGUUAUUACACAUGGAUUUGAUAUAAUGUAUGAAUGUCCUGAACAAGGAGGCCUUGUCCUGUAGUGACCUCACACUAUAACACCAGACUGAUAUAAUGUGUUAACAAGACCCUGGUGUGAUGGUAUUUCAGGUUAAAACAUGUCUGUGUGAUGUAAUGCAUUGCUUUUGUCAUAUCAUUGGGAGCAGGACAAAAGCCACCUGGGCAAAUGCCACCCGGACAAAAGCCACCUGGACCCCAUAUCAUUACAUGUUGAUAUGGUGACUUUUCAGGUGAUAAUGUCGUUAUAUCACAUCUUCAUGUCAUUACAGCUUCCUACAAGGAAUGUAUUUCACUUUGACAUUGUAUUAUAACAAGAUGAUUUGUUUUAAACUCAGGACUUCAUACCAUGUUGUCAUGAGUGGCAGGUGUUGUUUACUUAAGUCUCCUGCAAGAUGAUGCAACACAUCACAGAGGCAGGGCUGUCACUGCCAACACAAGGACCACAGCCUUUAUACUGUUGCUGAACUGCCCACUUGGUGAGAUGAUUUAAGCCAUUAAGCCAAGUUGUUAGAAUGCCCCACCUGGUGAGAUGAUUUAAGCCAAGUUGUUAGAAUGCCCCACCUGGUGAGAUGAUUUAAGCCAAGUUGUUAGAAUGCCCCACCUGGUGAGAUGAUUUAAGCCAAGUUGUUAGAAUGACCCACCUGGUGAGAUGAUUUAAGCUAAGUUGUUAGAAUGCCCCUCUGGGAGAGAUGAUUUAAGCCAAGUUGAUAGAAUGCCCACCUGGUGAGGUGAUUUAAGCCAAGUUGUUAGAAUGCCCCACCUGGUGAGAUGAUUUAAGCCAAGUUGUUAGAAUGCCCCACUGGGAGAGAUGAUUUUAACCCAAGUUGUUUGAAUGCCCCACCGGGAGAGAUGAUUUAAGCCAAGUUGUUAGAAUGACCCACCUGGUGAGAUGAUUUAAGCCAAGUUGUUAGAAUGCCCCACUGGGAGAGAUGAUUUAAGCCAAGUUGUUAGAAUGCCCCACCUGGUGAGAUGAUUUAAGCCAAGUUGUUAGAAUGCCCCACCUGGUGAGAUGAUUUAAGCCAAGUUGUUAGAAUGCCCCACUGGGAGAGGUGAUUUAAGCCAAGUUGUUAGAAUGCCCCACUGGGAGAGGUGAUUUAAGCCAAGUUGUUAGAAUGUCCCACUGGGAGAGGUGAUUUAAGCCAAGUUGCUAGAAUGUCCCACUGGGAGAGGUGAUUUAAGCCAAGUUGUUAGAAUGUCCCACUGGGUGAGGUGAUUUAAGCCAAGUUGUUAGAAUGUCCCACUGGGUGAGGUGAUUUAAGCCAAGUUGUUAGAAUGUCCCACUGGGUGAGGUGAUUUAAGCCAAGUUGCUAGAAUGUCCCACUGGGAGAGGUGAUUUAAGCCAAGUUGUUAGAAUGUCCCACUGGGAGAGGUGAUUUAAGCCAAGUUGUUAAAAUGCUCCAACGGGUGAGAUGACUUAAGCCAAGUUGUUAGAAUGUCCCACCUGUUAAGGUGAUAUGACCAAUUUGUUGUCACUCAAUUUGUUGCCACUCAAGUUAAAAUGCCACUCAAAGAAGUGAACAAUUUGUUCGAAUAUCCCAUUGGGUAAGACUAUUUUAACCAUUAAUAUUGUGCCAUUAUGAUAUUUUUGUGAUGUGUGAUUCUAGAGAUGUGAGGUGUGAUACAUCUAAAGUGAAAUGUUGGUUAUAUUGUGUGCUGUCAUUCAGAUUUGUUAAACAAUUUUUCAACAUCUAGUUUCAAUUGUUCCUACCAAAUAGCAAACAUGUUUAUAACAUCUAGUUUCAAUUGUUCCUACCAAAUAGCAAACAUGUUUAUAACAUCUAGUGUCAAUUGUUCCUACCAAAUAGCAAACAUGUUUAUAACAUCUAGUGUCAAUUGUUCCUACCAAAUAGCAAACAUGUUUAUAACAUCUAGUUUCAAUUGUUCCUACCAAAUAGCAAACAUGUUUAUAACAUCUAGUUUUAAUUGUUCCUACCAAAUAGCAAACAUGUUUAUAACAUCUAGUUUUAAUUGUUCCUACCAAAUAGCAAACAUGUUUAUAACAUCUAGUUUUAAUUGUUCCUACCAAAUAGCAAACAUGUUUAUAACAUCCAGUGUCAAUUGUUCCUACCAAAUAGCAAACAUGUUUAUAACAUCUAGUUUUAAUUGUUCCUACCAAAUAGCAAACAUGUUUAUAACAUCUAGUUUUAAUUGUUCCUACCAAAUAGCAAACAUGUUUAUAACAUCUAGUUUUAAUUGUUCCUACCAAAUAGCAAACAUGUUUAUAACAUCUAGUGUCAAUUGUUCCUACCAAAUAGCAAACAUGUUUAUAACAUCUAGUGUCAAUUGUUCCUACCAAAUAGCAAACAUGUUUAUAACAUCUAGUGUCAAUUGUUCCUACCAAAUAGCAAACAUGUUUAUAACAUCUAGUGUCAAUUGUUCCUACCAAAUAGCAAACAUGUUUAUAACAUCUAGUGUCAAUUGUUCCUACCAAAUAGCAAACAUGUUUAUAACAUCUAGUGUCAAUUGUUCCUACCAAAUAGCAAACAUGUUUAUAACAUCUAUCUUCAAUUGUUCCUACCAAAUAGCAAACAUGUUUAUAACAUCUAGUGUCAAUUGUUCCUACCAAAUAGCAAACAUGUUUAUAACAUCUAGUGUCAAUUGUUCCUACCAAAUAGCAAACAUGUUUAUUACAUCUAGUUUCAAUUGUUCCUACCAAAUAGCAAACAUGUUUAUUACGUCUAGUGUCUCUCAUUUAGUUUUCAAGUGAUCCAUCACUAUUUGAACCGUCAGAUACGUCAUGGAGCAGUUUGUGUGGUUUAAACAUAUUUUUAUUCCUAGAGAAUCUGGUUUUGUAAAC